UGACGACAAGCAUUUUCCUCACAGAUCGCGCCGCAGCCAGCCUCACAGAGUCGUGGUCAUGCUCAAACUUUGAUAAGAGAUACCUUGAGACGCCAGCAUUCGUCUGACCUUAUUUUCGUCCCGCCAGAUGCCAGAUUCGCUGAGAUUUCGGCCGUCUCUGUCUCGCAGGUCCGGUUGUUACUAUGACAGAGACCGCGUCGCCCAGCCCAACACACGUCCCGCCUGCAGCUUCCAGCGACAAUGGUCCGCACCACGAGCAAUCGCCAUCAACGGCGGAUCCUGAGCCCACUAAUUCCGUUAAACAAGAGCUUGAAAAUACAUCUCAGGACAUUAACGGAUACGACAGCCAUGGAACAGUUUCCGAGAAGCCCGCGGAGCAGCCGGUCGAGACCCCACAAAGCAACGGCAUCCGCAAUCCGCGUGAUGCCACGAGUCUAGACGACGGCCCCCCUGCGAAACGACGUCGAGUGCGCGACACAACGCCAAACAACACGGUCCGCAAGCCGAAACCUGAAUCGCCACCAUGGAAGAAGGCCGAAGCCGAUGGGCCGACGACCUUCAUCGCCGAGGACGGUCGACGAAAGUCGGGGCGUAUUAACGCUGUGCCCCUCGAGCUACAGCCUGGCGACAAGCGCAUCACCAGGCGGGUAUUGCACAGCCAGCAGGCCAGUCCGCCCAGGAAUCGCGCUGCUUCUAAGAAUGGUCACCCUGCCUCAACCCCCGGCAGUGCGUCCGCCAAGCGUGCGGUAUCCUCGAGCAAAACGGUGCCACCCAAGCAACCAGCCAGCAAGCCUCCCACGCGAAAGCCCGUAGCACAUGAUUUGAAGUUGAACGCCCGCAGUCAACGCCGGUCUCCGUCACCCAGACGAGUCGCCACGCCUCUGAAGCAAUCCCUUGGCACGCGCCGCUCCACGCGCAAUCUUCGAGCUGAUGAUGACAUCGACGAGAGCCCAGGCGGCACGCGCACCACAUCCCGGAUCAAGUUACGGGUCAGACCGCCGUUGACAUCGAUACCCCUUGUGCAUCGCGAGCAGGCCAACCUGCGACCGAAGCUCGGGCCAACAUUUGAACUGUUCCUUGAGCGCGCCGCAGACAUACCAGUUGAGGAAGGGGGCCUAUUCGCGUCGUCCGAAGACGGCCCGCGGUUCACAGACGAGACGAUCAAAGAAGAUGCUCAGCUUAUCUUGCGGGUCGAGAAGGAGGUUGAGCCUGGGGGGUUGCUCGCCGAGGAGAAGUGCUCUGUCUUCCAGCCCGAAGCCGAGGAGGAACCUCCGAGGCAGUGGGCGCACCUUGACCAUCUCACAAAGGCAAUGUCCAACUUCAGGAAGUUGAUGCUUCUCGAGCAGCAGCGCCACCGAGCCACCGCCAAACGACUUGCGAUUGCCUGCGAGGCUGAGUGGAGACGGCGAAACCCGCAGCCGAAGUCUGCGGAAGAGAUCAAGCUUGAGGAGAUUGAACUGAGCAAGGCAAGAUGGCGGCAAGUUAACAAGGCCCUCUCGGGCACCUGGGAAAACGUCAAGGCAGAGGUGAACCGGCGUCGGUUGGCAGACUGGGAGGCGGAAGAGCAGCGGCGGGUAAAAGCGGCGCUUAACAAGGCCGUUAACCUUUCCGAGGCAAAACUUCAAGCAAGACAAGCACGUUUCGACACCGAGGAGCUCACCGAUGAGGAGUCGGACGUUGAGGACAUGCUUUCCAGGGACGACGAUGCCCUGAAUGGCGACUCUGAGGGUUCCGAGGACAUGUCUGCAGAGGAUGAGGACGACGACGACGACGACGACGACGACGACGAGGAUAACAUGUCCUCGACGGACGACGAGGAAGAUAAGGAGUCAACCAUGUCUGAUGAAGGGCUUACACAGGAGCAGUUGCGAGAGAAGUACGCUAAUCUACCUGCGCUGGAUGUUGACUCCGCAGGCAAGAAGGGCUCUGAGACGGCAGCGAACGGCAAUGCAACUCCCGCCCCGGCUGACGACGACACGAGCGAUGAGUCGAUUGACAUGGAUGAUGACCUUGGGUCCUCCGAAGACGAAUUAGAGGAGGACGAUGAGGAGGGCAGCGAAGAGGAAUCUGGAGAUGAGCCUUCUGGGCUUCUUGGGCUGUUCUUUGGGAAGUCUGAGCUGAAGAAACUCAAUGCCGAGGCUGCCACAGAGAUAGGGGCACAAGGAGAUGUGGACAUGGCCGACGCAGACGCCAAUUCGGAGCCUGGAGCUACAGCGGACAACACUGAAGAUGGCCCACAAGGGACGGGCGAGCAUGCAGCUGCCGAGCCUGUGGAACACACUGAUGUGACAGGAAUCAAAGGCAAACCGCCACCCCCUGCAUCACUGGCGCAGUCAGGCCAAGGGUCGCCCAGGCAGUCUCCUCCCGCGGCUGACACCACAGCCAAUGGUGUAUCGACAUCGUUUGUGGACGGCAGCGAGGGAACCUCGCAUACUGAACAGGAGCCAGUGGAGGAUAUUCCCAUGACCGAUCCCCCGUCGCCCGGACAACCGACUGAGGGCGAGCCGACUCUAAUUCCAGCAAUACACCACCGUAGCCCAGAGACUGAGCCGAUCACAACCGUUCAGAGCCCAUCCCUGAGCCAGUCGCCGCGGGCAUCCGACGACACCAAACCCACCGACGUCGAGACGCCCACCUCGACCUCCCUACUUCAUGCGCCCAAGGCUGACAGCAGGUCGACGUCGCCCCAGCCGGCGGCUCCACGAACGGAGAUACCGUUCCUCCUGCGAGGCACACUCCGUGAGUAUCAGCACCUCGGACUCGACUGGCUCGCUGCGCUGUAUGCCAACAACACGAACGGCAUCCUCGCCGACGAAAUGGGUUUGGGCAAAACAAUCCAGACUAUCGCCCUGUUGGCGCACCUUGCCUGCCACCACGAAGUUUGGGGCCCUCACCUCGUUAUCGUGCCGACCAGUGUUAUGCUGAACUGGGAGAUGGAGUUCAAAAAGUGGUGUCCGGGGUUCAAGAUCCUCACAUACUACGGUAACCAGGAGGAGCGUAAGCGGAAACGCCAAGGGUGGACCAACGAUGACGUUUGGAACGUGUGCAUCACCUCAUACCAGAUGGUUCUGCAGGAUCAACAGGUCUUCCGACGGCGACGCUGGCAUUACAUGAUCCUCGACGAGGCGCACAACAUCAAGAACUUCAAGUCACAGCGAUGGCAGACCCUGCUGGGCUUUAACACACACUCUCGCCUGCUCCUCACCGGCACACCCCUUCAGAACAAUCUUACGGAGUUAUGGUCGCUGCUGUAUUUCCUGGCCCCGCCCGAAAACGGCGAAGGCGGCUUCGUUGACCUUAAGGAAUUCCACAACUGGUUCUCCAGGCCAGAAUCGCAGAUUCUCGAGAGCGGCCGGGAACAUCUCGACGAUGAAGCGCGCGCCAUCAUCUCCAAGCUGCACAAGGUUCUCCGGCCAUACCUGCUCCGUCGUCUGAAGGCAGACGUGGAGAAGCAGAUGCCAGCUAAGUACGAGCACGUCGAGUUCUGCCGGCUUUCCAAACGCCAACGAGAGCUGUACGAUGGGUUCCUCUCCCGUGCGGAUACUCGCGCGACCCUAACCUCGGGCAACUACAUGUCUAUCAUCAACUGCCUGAUGCAGCUCCGCAAGGUGUGCAACCAUCCCGACCUCUUCGUUGACCGGCCCAUCAUGACCUCGUUCCGUAUGGAACGGUCGGUUGCCGCGGAUUUUGAGAUGGACGAGCAGCUCGUCCGAAAGAAGCUCUUGGCCGCCCAGCCCAUGGAGGUUGUCAGCCUCAGCUUCCUCAAUAUGAUCCCCACGCAGUACGAGGGUAUGUCCAGCACAGACGCCGACCGUAUAUCCCAGCUGAGCACGCACCGCAUCCUCCUCGACCUCAGGGAGGCGCAAAAAACGCGCGCCAACAACGCAUACUACACAUUGGAUCCCGCUUCCGUCAAGUCCAACCUGGUGUACCUGGAAAGUGCCGCGCGGUGGGGUCGCUUUGAGGAGCUGCAGCACUGCGUCUACCUCAACGCGCUCCGCCGCCAGCAGCGGCCAAUCUAUGGUAAACGGCUCGUCGAGCUCCUGACGCUUGAUACCCACCUUCGUCCCUACAAACAGCGGCCUAAGGUUCCUCAGAAGAUCAUGAGUUGGUUCGAGGAAGAUUCCUAUCUGUUGCAUAACGCCAUCCCGACACUCCAACAGCGCGCUGACUCGAUGGAGACCACUAUCAGCAAGUUUGCCUGCGUCACCCCGGCCGUCGUAGCCGGAGAUAUGAAUAGGUUGUUACUUGGUGCCAAGGGAAUCCAAGCGUUCGAGGAGGCAGACCUGACGCUGUCGGCACCUGUCAAGUACGCGCCGUACAUGCCGAAGGAGCGGCCGCCGGAUCCGUGGCACGAGGCGCGCAUGCGGCUGACGAUCCAGUUCCCCGACAAGCGGCUCCUCCAGUACGACUGCGGAAAGCUGCAGGCCCUCGACAAGCUUCUCCGACGACUCCAGGCGGGCGGCCAUCGCGCCUUAAUCUUCACGCAGAUGACCAAGGUGCUCGACAUUCUCGAGCAGUUUCUCAACAUCCACGGUCACAAGUACCUCCGGCUCGACGGUGCGACCAAGGUCGAGCAGCGGCAGAUCCUGACAGACCGCUUCAACCACGACCCGCGCAUCCUCUGCUUCAUCCUGUCGACGCGAUCGGGCGGCCUCGGCAUCAACCUCACGGGCGCCGACACGGUCAUCUUCUACGACCAGGAUUGGAACCCGGCCAUGGACAAGCAGUGCCAGGACCGGUGCCACCGCAUCGGGCAGACGCGCGACGUGCACAUCUACCGCCUCGUCAGCGAGCAUACCAUCGAGGCAAACAUUCUCCGCAAGGCUAGUCAGAAGCAGAUGCUCGACGACGUCGUCAUCCAGGAGGGUGAGUUCACCACCGAUUAUUUCAACAAGCUCUCAGUGCGCGACGUCAUUGGCACCAACGGCGAGGUGCUCGCCAACGAGGACGAUGUGGCGGCCAAUGCCGCCAUGGAUCGCGUCCUGGGCGGCGUCGAGAGCAGCAACCCACGCAGCGCGGGGCGCGUACUGGAACAGGCCGAGGACAAGGAGGAUGUGGCUGCCGCGCGGGUGGCGGAGAAGGAAAUUCAGCAGGACGAUGCCGACUUCCUCGAGCAGCAGCCUCCCUCUGGCGGUGCGUCGGGCGUGUCGAGCGUGCGGCAGGGCACGCCGAGGGAGGGGACGACAGAGCCGGUCUCGGCGGUAGGAAGGUCCGGGCUGGGGUUGUUCGCCGAGUCGGCGGAGGAUGAGGUUGCGGAGCAGCGAGAGGAGGUUGAGUACAACGCCUUUGGAGGGCGCAUGAAGACGAUUGAUGAUUACAUGCUGCAGCUCAUGGGGCUGCUGCUGAAGGACACGCCGCUGGAUCUACCGAAAGAUAAGAAGAGGAGCAAGUCUAAGAAAGGCAAGGAUACGAGGAAGCGGUAGCACAAGACCGGGGGAAUAGUGUGCUGUGGCGUUGAUCAAGAUGUUUGUAGUAUACUUCAGGAAGGCGCUAGCGUUGCUGGAUGCUCUCUGUGUCAUAUUUUAGAAGGGCUGUUCCAAGAAGUUAACACUGGCGGGAUAUUUCUGGCGGAUCCCCUUUGAUCAUGGAACAACAUCCGAAUGUACAAUGCUUCCCC